AUGGAGCAAUUGUCUCAGAAUAGAGGGGGGAAGUUAGAAUGGGAUCAAAUUGAGGGCAAAAUCAAGGAUGUAAUGAAGAAAUUAGCUGAUGCCUUAGGCAAAAAGGAAGAAACAGACGUUGAUCUAUGCGAGAAAAUUACGCACAACACUCGUACACUAACUCCUAGCGAAAAGACAGCAUGUAAUAACAUUGUUAAAGGGUUGAGGGGUAUAUAUGGUAUUAAGCCUGAAUCAAGUGAAAAUAAGAACAACCAUACAGACAAUCCCAAUUUUGAGCAAACAAUAGGUUGCCUCAUGUUAAAUUUGUACGCUCAGGAAAUAAAAAGCAAAUGUUCUAUCAUGGGGGAAACUGUUAAAGAGGCUUUUACUAUCCAUGAGGAGCUUUACACAACUGCGUGCAAGAGUGGUGAAAAUAAUAAAUGCGAUCAAUGUGUGUGGGACGACUGUGCUACUUACACUGUUGGGACGGACGACCUACGACAAAAAAUGAACAAAAUGCUCCUCGAGAAUAAGGAAAUAAAAAAAACUAUGUCUACUAUAAGUGAUUCACCCACUAUUGGGGAAUGGUUCACACGUUUUUCGAAGGAUGUGUCUAAUGAAGACAAGAAACAGUAUGAGGAACUCGGACCCUUCUUAGCAUUAUGCAAGCCUGAUGAUGAUGCUGUGGCUAAGGAAGGAGUAGACAUGGAAACGUAUGGACCAUUUUGUGAAAUUAUGGUAAGAAAUAUAAUAUUAACGACAGCCGUUCAAAAGAAAUAUGAAGACAAAAACCAGAAGCAGGAGCAGGAUCAACCUGCAUGUCAAAAAAUCGUGAAUGGAAUUCCUGUAUGUGAUUUAUUAAAAGCAUGGAUGUGGUAUAUGCGAUGGUUCUGUGUCCCCAGGAAGGUCAUAGAAGAGGCCCUUAGCCGAGUUAAAAGUGUGAGGGGGGACCUGCAUCCACAGAUGAACUAUGUUAAAUGUACUUAUGAUGAUGCAAUUAUCAUUUCUUAUACGGGACGGAGGGAUAAGCCAGAUGACCCGUACUACGACCUAUUUGAAACAAACGCGUUGCAUAAUAAGAUUAAAGAAACAACUAGCGAUAAAACUUGGUGUGUGGAUAGGGCUAAAUGGGAUCAUCCUAUCCGUGCACGGACUGAUCAGCCAGAACCGACUGAUCGCGUCUUCCUCGGUGAUGAAAAUCUGAACAAAAUGAUAGAAACUGUUCAGAAGGUUGCUGAAGGAAUAAAACAGGAGGAAGGAGGAGGGGGGUCUAAACCAGCUGAAGCGGCAGAUGCACCACCUGCCAAAGUUCCUGAACCACCAAAAGAAGUUGUUCCUGAAAAGAAAGCAAUGUCCGAAGACACUGAGCAAACACAACCAGGUGAACAGGAGCCUGAAGAACCAGGUCCACAAGGAAUACAGAGCGGCAGUGAAGAAAAAGUAACUGACGAAGUUGAAUCAACUCCUACUAAGGACGACAACCGCGAUGCCCCAUCCUCCAGCAGUAGUAGCAGUUCCUCAUCAAGUGAUGCUGCAGGUGCUGCUCUUGGUGGAGGUGGUGAUCAAAGGAAGGGUGCCCCAGCAACACCGAAGGCUGAACCACUUACUGACAUGAAGGACAACCCUGUCCUUCCUUAUCUCCCUCUUGCUCCUGCCGCGAUUGGUAUUUCUGUUAUGACCUACUUACUCUGGAAGUAUUUUGGAAUGCUUCGUAAGGAAAGAAAGCGUUACAGAAGGGAGCAUCAACUACGUGGACCACUUCCCUUAGGACAGCAGAUUGUUGACCAUGUGGAUGACCAGGCAGAUGGUCCACAUGAAUAUACCUUAGUAAAGGAACGCGAACCUCGUUCUACUCCUAAAAAAAGGAGGAAAAAACGUGCUGGUGGUCGUCGCCGUGGUGUACGUCGCCGCAUGAUUAUUGAUAUUCAUUUAGAAGUCUUAGACGAAUGUCAAAAAGGGAACACCAAACUGGUUCAGGAAGACUUUUUUGAAAUUUUGGUUCAAGAAUUUAUGGGAAGCGAAUUUAUAAAAGAAGAAAAAGUUCCUAAGGAACAACUUCCUAUGGUUGAUGUUCCUAAGGAACAGGUUCCAAGUUCAGAUCCCGGGCUUAGGGAAGGAAGACUUUCUUCUUAA